AUGGGCGCAUACGUGAAGCUGCUUGAAUAUGACAACAUCGAUGGCAUGAUCCUCCUCUCAGAACUCUCUCGCAGACGUAUUCGCAGUAUCCAGAAGCUCAUCCGCAUUGGGCGCAAUGAGGUGGUUAUCGUGCUUCGUUACAUCGAUCUGUCAAAGCGACGUGUUUCUCCCGAGGAUGUCAUCAAGUGCGAGGAACGUUACAACAAGAGCAAGGCAGUGCACUCUAUCAUGCGCCACGUCGCAGAGGCGACUCAGACCCCCCUGGAGACCCUAUACGAGAACAUCGGGUGGCCUUUGAACCAAAAAUAUGGCCACGCGCAUGAUGCCUUCAAGAUCUCCAUUACAAACCCCACCGUCUGGGAUGAGAUCACCUUCCCCAGCGAGCCCGUCAAGAAUGAGCUGCAGCAAUACAUCAACAGCAAGCUAACCCCGCACCCCACCAAGGUCCGUGCCGAUAUCGAGGUCACCUGCUUUGGUUACGAUGGAAUCGAUGCUGUCAAGGAUGCCCUCCGCACCGCUGAGGCCGACAACACCCCCGAGAACCAGAUCAAGGUCAGGCUGGUGGCUCCUCCUCUCUACGUCCUGGCCAGCCAAUGUCUCGACAAGACACUCGGUGUGAAGUUGCUUGAGGAGGCCAUUGUGAAGAUCGAAAAGAGUAUCAAGGCGAACGGCGGUAGCUGCACCGUGAAGAUGGCACCUAAGGCCGUGACUGAGCACGACGAUGCGAUUCUGCAGGAGCUCAUGGAGAAGCGCGAGCGUGAGAACACCCAGGUCAGCGGAGAUGAGGACUCCGAAAGUGAUGAGGGAGUUCCCGAGUAG